AUGAGGGCUUUAAGGGCACCAGCCACCUUGUUUCCGCUUCCUAUUAUUCUUGCAUGAGCAUCUUUUAAGGUCCUUAGAGGUAAUUUUGCUAGAACAUUUUUAAGCUUUUGUGCAUUUAGACUGUCAAGUAUUUCUCCAUUCUUGCAUUUUGUGACAUUAUCCUUAAGUUUUUGGAAUGCAUCACGUGGAAGUCUUUCAGCCUUGUUUAUAAGUGAUUUAAGUGCUCCAUUCACUUUAUUGCCUCCUCCAAUAAUUCUUGAAAAAGCGUCUUUUUCAGUUCUGAUAGGAAUCUUAUCAAGGGCAUUUUUCAGUUUUGCUGACUUGAGAUUAUCAAGCACUUUUCCGCUCUUGCAUUUAGCAACAUUAUCCUUUAGUUUUUAUAUACAUAAAAAUGGUGACAACAGACCACCCGACCUCUCGACCCUAUUUCUUCAACACCAGCAGGCAAACGGCCCAGUGAUGGAGAUUUAGGUGGAAAGGGGCCGGUAAUCCUUUAUGUAUGUUCGGGCUGGGUUUUCUUCGAGCCCGAGGAGCUAAUCCUCGGACUUGGAGUUUUUCCUCCAGGACAACCAUUGGAAAGGGCAAGGUCGGCCAAUGUUUGAAGGCAAUAUGACCUUCAGACCCAGAAGACGGUAUUUGCCCAACGAGAAACUGGGAGUUUCGACCCAGGUGGUUGGCCCUUAGACUCCAGAAGCCAUGGAAGUCAAGACUGGUGGUGCGAAUCCCUUGUUUGAGGCAACAAGGAGGGUGUCCGCCGAGGCUCCUCAGGGCGAUGAGCGUGUAGGGGUGCGAAUCCCCGGCCCUGCAAGGCAAACGGCUUAAUCUAAUCUAAUCUAAUCUAAUCUAAUCCUUUAGUUUUUGGAAAGCGUCACGUGGCAAAUUUUUAGCGUUGUGGAUUAAUCCUUUAAGAGCGCCUGCUACUUUGUCUCCUCCACCGAUUAUUCUUGCCAAAGCAUCUUUUUCAGUCCUGAUUGGAACUUUAGCAAGGGCAUCCUUUAGUUUUGCAGCUUUAAGGUUGUCAAGAGUUUCGCCAUUCUUGCAUUUGGUGACAUUAUCUUUGAGUUUUUGGAAAGCGUCACGUGGUAAAUUCUUGGCAUUGUGAAUCAAUCCUUUGAGAGCUCCUGCGACUUUGUCACCUCCACCGACAAUUCUUGCCAAAGCAUCUUUUUCAGUCCUGACUGGGACUUUAGCAAGUGCGUUCUUAAGUUUGGCGGCUUUAAGGUUGUCUAGUGUUUCACCGUUCUUGCAUAAUUAAAAUAUGGCGUCUUCGUCUGGGCAUGGCCUCCGGCCAUGCAGCCUCGACUCAUAUUUUAAUUAUAAUCCGGCAAGGUUUUGCCAUUUCAGAGAUGGACGGCAAUGCUAGGUAAGCAAUUCUGGUGGAGUACAGAGCCUAGCCCUAGUCUACUCUCAGAGAUGGUUUUUUUUUCCUCGUGGGGAAGGAAGCACGGCAGUUGGAAAGGGGAAGCCCAGCAGAGUCCACACGACCCAUCGGGCAACUCCCUAGCGUGAAACUGGGCGUUACGUCCCAGGCUACGUAUUUCUCCUUUUUGCCGAAAGCCUACCAGAAAAUCCAUUUUUUGGGUUUUCGGAAUGGCAACCCAUGUCACAAGCAAGUAGUUCAUUCAUGAGCCGUCGAAGCUGGCAACACUUGCCCCUAGGCGCACCUUUGGUGAACGAAGCGGACCGGCCCAGAGGUCUGUGGGCCCGAUGCGACGAAAGGCGAGCGGAGGUCGGGCUUAGCCAACCCCGUAGUGGACGUUAAGCGUUAUAGUUAGUAAGUUAGCUCCCCCCCAUCCUUGAUCGAACGACUCGCCAUUGUUCGAUCAAGGAUGGGGGUUAAAAAAAUGUUUUUGGGAAAAAAAUUUUAUAUAUAAAAUAAAAAAAUAUAUAUAUAUAUUUUUUUUAUUGACUUUUAAAUAAGAGGGUUAAGGGUAUUUAUAAUUAUUUUUUACAGCAAAAAAUUGAAUUAAUUUUCAUAAAAAUACCAAUUUUUAAUAUUUUGAUUUAUUAGUUACCCCUUUUAAACUGUGUAAAUUUUAAUUUGUUCCUUAUUAAAUUUAAUUUUUUUUUUAAAAAUUUUAAAGAUCUCUAUUUUAUUAGAUUAUUAAUUUUUUAAGCCUAGAUUGAUGACUAAAUCACUUCGGAUAGUUGAUUUCGAAGCUUUCUGUCGUCUCAAAGUUCCCUGAAAGCAACUUCAUUAGGUGCAUCUUCCAAGCUUUUUUUAUUUUUAUAUAUAUAAAAGUUGCAUGAUAUGAAAAUCGCUCGAUCAAGGAUGGGGGUUAAUUUCCCCCCGAUUUUUUAGGAAUUUUUACAGUCAAUCGUUCGAUCAAGGAUGGGGGGGAGUAAGUUAAGUUAAGUUUCACCGUUCUUGCAUUUAGCUACGUUAUCUUUGAGUUUUUGGAAAGCGUCACGUGGUAAGUUCUUAGCGUUGUGGAUCAGUCCUUUCAAAGCUCCUGCUACUUUAUUUCCGCCACCAAUGAUUCUUGACAAUGCAUCUUUUUCAGUCCUAAUUGGGACUUUAGCAAGUGCAUUUGUGAGCUUAGCGGAUUUGAGGUUGUCAAGGACUUGACCAUUCUUGCAUUUGUUUGCAUGGUCUCUGAGUUUUUUAAGUGCGUCACGAGGUACUUUCUUAGCGUUGUCUAUGAGCUGUCUGAGGACUCCUGAAACUUUGUCACCUCCACCAAUUAUUCUGGCAAAAGCAUCUUUUUCAGUCCUAAUUGGUAUCUUUGCAAGUAAGUUCGCGAGCUUACUUCCUACUUAGAUAUUCAAUUUUUAUUUAUUUUUAAAAACGAGCAUAUAUAUUGAGGUUUAUAUUAAAAAAUGAAUUUUUCUAUAAUAAUUUCUAUAUAGAUUAAAAAGAAUUUAUAUAUAUGGGGAUAAGCAUUAUCAUUUUUUUUUUUCUCAUAGACGGGUUAGCAGAUUUUAAGUUAUCAAGGACUUGCCCAUUCUUGCAUUUGUUUGCGUGAUCCUUAAGCUUUCUAAGUGCAUCGCGAGGUACUUUUUUAGCGUUGUCGAUCAAUCCUCUAAGAACUCCAGCAACUUUAUCUCCUCCUCCGACCAAUCUGACUAAUGCAUCUUUUUCUGUUCUAACAGGAACUUUAUCAAGGGCAUUUUUAAGUUUAGCAGCUUUGAGGUUAUCAAGUAUCUUGCCAUUCUUGCAAUUGCUUGCAUGGUCUUUGAGUUUUCUAAGUGCGUCACGAGGUACUUUCUUUGCAUUGUCGAUUAAUGCUCUAACCUUUCUCCUUUAUAAAAUGCAAAUCCUGAAAUUUUUAAUUUAAUAUAAAAAAUUUCUAAAAUAAAAAAAAAUCAUUUUAUUAUUCCCAUAUCACAUAAUAUUUCGCUAUUAAAGACAAUGAAGUAAGAGCUCCUGCAACUUUAUCUCCUCCACCUACAAUUCUUGCCAAAGCGUCUUUUUCAGUCCUGAUUGGUACUUUUUCAAGUGCAUUCUGCAAUUUGGUAGCUUUGACUUGGUCCAAUAUUUCUCCUUUUUUGACUGCAUCAACAAAGUUCUUCCACAUCCUUACUGCAUCUCUUGGUUUCUUUUCCAGUGCAUCUUUCAAGUUAUUCAAUGGCUGUUUGACCUUUUCUAAUGGGUCUCUGACAAUGUCUUUGAAUGCUUGAGCAAGUCUGUUUUGGAUUGGUCCUUUCAGUAUAGCUUUUUCUAGAUUUGAAGCUCUGGCUUUACCACUUCUGACGGCUUCACGCUUAAGAUUCUUCUUGAUAGCUUUUUUCUCGCCUUGGAGUUUUUUUAAAAUAUACAUUAAAAUGGCGUGGUGAGCCAGCCUGCCCUCUUAACUCCUGCAGCCAGAAGGGAGGACAGCAUUCGGAAAUGUGUGCCUGGUCAGGCUUUACUUGGCUUGGUGGAGCAAAGUGUCGGACUGAGUUGACCCCAUGCCCACAUCCAGCUCAAUGUUUUACCCCAUGGAGAGAUAGUCGCUAGAGUUGGAAAGGGGACGCCUAGAAAGACCAGAGGGUGUCACUUGGCUAUCAGCUAAUCUAAACGCGAUACCAGGCGUUGCGUCUUGGCUGGUCGAAAACCCAACCAGAAAAUUCGUUUUUUCGAAUUUUCUGGAAGACAAACCCAGUUGAUGCAAGGCAUGGUUUCCCAGCAUCUCUACUAAGUAAUUUAAGUUUUAAUUUAAGGAGUUUUUUGACUUUAUCUUUAUUUAUGUUGUCUUUCCAUAAGUGCAAAGCAUCUUUCAUGUCGUUUUCUAAGCCUUUGACUAAGUUGGUCAGGUAUGGCUUCAUGUCGAACUUGGUGCCAAUGAUUCUUUUGUAUGCAGCUUGAAGUCGUGAGCGAGCGGGAUUAAGUAAAGCAUUAGCUAGUUUGCUAUUCUUUAAAGCAUUUUUGUCGAGUUUUUCUUUGAGUUGAUGCUGAGAAACAAUGGCUUCAUAG